AUGCAGGACCAGCCAACCAUAGUCACUUCAGCGGCCGAGACUGAGAACACAGCCGAGCCUCAACAGCCCCAGGACCAAGCUAGUUUGUCACCACCACCAGCCGAUACCAAGCGCGAGAACCGCAAAAGCCUGAAAGGAGCUCUCGCCGGCCUCAAGACACUCGUCGAAAAGACCAGAAAGUCCGUCCACAAAGUUGAUCUCAAGUACGAACCUAUCCACAACGACCAGUACAAGAAGGCUGAAGCGUUCACCUCGCUCAAGAAAGAUCUUGACGAGUUGGAGGCCAUGUUGCCUAGAAUGCGCCAGGCCGCCGCUAUUCUUGCCCUGGACGAUAAUGUCAAGCCCAGCGAAGACGCUCCACCCAAAGUUUGA